AGGCAAUUAGUCAUUCUCCUCUGUAAGCCUACAUCGCUUAUCGGCGGAUCUCGCCGGCCCUCCUCUUUCGCUCCGACCACCGCCAUGGCCACCAGUCACCACCACCAUAGCCACCACCAUCACCACCGCGUCUCCGCCCCGUCUCCGAUCCCCAUCCCCUCCCGCCUUUAUUCUCCUUCCUUUCCUUCCCCCUUCCCCGCCACCCCCUCCGCCGCCUCCACUCCAUCCAAGCGCCGCCGCCCCCUCCACCACCACUCCUCCUCCUCCGCGGCCGCCGCUUCCCUCCUGAUCCCCUUGUUCUCCCUACGAUCUCUCUACUCCCUCCUCCCCUUCGUCCGAUCCUACUCUGCCUCUAUCUCCCUCUUUCCCUUCGCCUUCCUCGUCUCCCUACUCUCCUUCGCCCUCUCCCUCCUGAUUCCUUCCCCUGAACCCCUCAAAUCUCUCCCUCCUCGCUCCCUGCUCCGCCCCCUCUCUGCCAAGUCAGCCCUCCUCACCCUCACCCUCCUCCUUCGCUUCCACUCCCUCCGCUACUGCUCCGCCGGCGCCGCCAUCCUUGCCGACGUCGCCGGCUCCCUGCUUGCCAAGACCCUCUCGGACACCCGCUCGCCGAAUCCCCGUCGGAGAAUCAUCGGCGUGGCCGCCCUCGCUACGGCCGUCGCGCUCCUGUCUUACAGCUGGGACCGGAUUGGGUGCUUCCCGAUCUCCUCCUCCCCUCAACCGUCCGAGGGUUGCGCCAGGAUCGCCCCCAUGGCGCUCCCCUUCCUCUCCGGGUUUUUAGGGUUUUACGAGCGGGCGUUCGCGAAUUGGGGCUCGUUGAGGCAGUUGGGCCGCAGAAGGGUGCGUCUUCUCUCGCUUGGCCUGGCCACCGCUUUUCUCUUCGUCCCGGCGUGCGCCAGUUUUGUCCUUGCGGACAGCAGCGACGGUGAUGCUCUAUCGAUUGGUUCGCUCGGGUGGCCGCUGAUCAACACCGUGGUUUUUGGGGUUGUCCUCAGUGAAAACUACGGCGACGACAAACUACUCUUCAGCGCGAAGGAUUUCCGCCGGGAUUUCCUGGUAAACUUUUUCUGCACUCUCGUUUUGGAACUUUUCUACUUCCCCAAGCUCUCCCUUCCUGGUUUUCUGUUCUGCGGACUCCUGCUGUGGAUUGGAGUAAGGGAAUUGGGCUCCUCCUCACUGAGCUACGUUGAACUAGGCAGCUCUGAUCCCCCACAAUCCUUGUCUUCCAUGAUCAUGAACCCAAUCCGCCACAUUUUGAGCGAGAGGAAAUCUCGCAAGAUUGCACUUUUCCUCCUGAUCAACACUGCCUACAUGGUGGUGGAGUUCGUGGUGGGCUUCAUGAGCAACAGCCUCGGUUUAAUCUCCGAUGCAUGCCACAUGCUGUUUGAUUGUGCUGCAUUAGCAAUCGGAUUGUACGCUUCCUACAUCUCCAGGCUGCCGGCUAACAGCGAUUUCAAUUACGGCCGAGGAAGGUUUGAGGUGCUCUCUGGAUAUGUUAAUGCCGUGUUCUUGGUCCUCGUCGGGGCACUGAUCGUGCUCGAGUCACUCGAGCGAAUUCUUGAGCCACAGGAAAUAUCAACAAACAGCUUGCUAGCUGUUUCAAUUGGAGGUCUUCUUGUGAAUGUGAUAGGUUUGAUCUUCUUCCACGAGGAGCAUCAUCAUGCCCAUGGUGGUGCUGCAACAUGUUCUCAUUCCCAUUUACAUUUGCACGACCAUCACCACCACGACCACCACCAUGAUCACCAUGAACAUCAUGACUGUAAGCAUGCAAAUGAAGGUGGCGGUCACUCUGCAGAGAAUCAACAAAGCCUUGUGGAUUCUCAAGUAUCCAAUACUCAUUCUCAUGUUAAUCAUGAACACCAUAGCCAUCAUCACCAAAACAAUCAAAGCGAGAAUAACUCGAGUAACUGCCAUGGCCACGGGCAUGAAGAUCACAAUCACAGUCAUGAACAUGGUCACCAUGACAAGCUCUGCUCUGAUCAACUUCAUACUGAUCAAGCUUCUAGAAAGCUUAAAAAUUCCCAUGAAGGAAGUCACAGUCUCACCACACAGCCUCUGCAAUCAAGUGAAUCAUCUGUCAGAGAAAAAAUACUCGGCGAUUCACAUAGGCAUCACCACAUUGAUCACAACAUGGAGGGCAUCUUCUUACAUGUUCUAGCUGACACAAUGGGGAGUGUUGGUGUUGUGAUCUCUACCCUGCUGAUUAAGUACAAAGGAUGGACUGUAGCUGAUCCAGCAUGCUCUAUAUUCAUAUCGGUUAUGAUUGUUUCUUCUGUGCUUCCAUUGCUGCGGAACUCUGCCGAAAUCUUGCUGCAAAGAGUUCCUCGAGGCCGUGAGCAAGAUUUGAGGUUGGCUGUCAAUGAAAUUUCUAGAAUUAAGGGUGUCCAGAGCAUUCAGAACAUGCAUGUAUGGAAUUUCACAAACACAGAGAUCGUCGGAUCGGUUCAUCUUCAUGUUUCGGCAGAAACUGACACAGCUUCCGCCGCAGAUACUGCUUCGAAACUUCUGCGGGAUGUUGGGAUCAAGGAUUUGACCAUUCAGGUGGAGUGUGUAAAAGGUUAGCAAAGAUAAAACCAGGAUUUAUAUAUUUUCUCAUUGAGUCCUGAUGUUUCCGACUUAAUUACUUGCAGAAAUUGUUAGGUAAGUUAUUGUAGAAUCUACAUCUUUGAAUUAACAGGAUUGAUUCUGAGUGAAUCCAACAGCUUAAUGCAGAAAACUUUUUCAGACAA